AAGAUAUUUCGUGAUACGUAUGAUUGAUUUGUCACGUGACAUUGCACACGGUUUGGUUUGAAAACCCACUCAGUAUGACCUUUGCACGCACACACUCUAGGGAAAAAGCUGCUUCUCUCUAUUUUCUACGUUCUGUUUGAUCGGUUUUCAAUUUUUCCGACGACCCUUUUCAUCAUUCACCAAGUUUUGGUAAAUUCUGUUGAUUAUUGUUAUUAUUACUAUGGAGAACCUUCCUGUUGAAGUGAUUGGUAUCAUAUUAUCCCGUGUUGGGUCUGCUAGGGAUGUUGUGAUUGCAUCCUUAACUUGCAAAAAAUGGACUGAAGCUUGGCACAAUCACCUUCACACUCUUUCAUUCAAUACAUCUGAUUGGCCUAUAUAUAGUGAAGUUUGCUCUAGUCACUUGGAAAUGAUCAUCACUUGUACACUUUUUCAGACUAAAGGGUUGCAGUGCUUAACUAUUUUAUUGGACGAUGAGCAUGAGUUUAUUGUUACUUCUGUCAUUGCUUGGCUUAUGUAUACGAGGGAUUCGUUGCGCGAGCUGCGUUACAAUGUGAGAACAUCUGCAAAUUUCAAUUUCAAUAUAAUCGAGAAAUGCAGCAGGCAGAGAUUGGAGGUUUUGUCGUUGGCUCGUAAUCCUAUCCCGCGCGUUGAACGGUAUCAUAAGUUUCCUUGUUUGACGUCGUUGUCGUUGAGUUUUGUUAGUAUAUCGGCGUUGGAUUUGAGUCUUUUGGUUUCUGCUUGUCCGAAGCUUGAAACUUUUUCUAUAGUUGAGCUGGUAAUCACUAUGUCAGAUUCAGAGGCUUCCUUAGAGCUUAGUAGCUCUUCUUUGAAGAGUGUCUUUGUUGAUUCAUUUGGUUUCGAUAAAUUUGUACUGGAGGCGGAUUCGCUCGAGGAACUUCAUCUUAAAGAUUGUACCUUUGACGUUUUCGAAUUGAUUGGUAAGGGAAAGUUGAAAGUCUUGAAGAUUGAUGAUGUGAGUGUGAUCGAUCUUGACAUUGGGGAAAGUACAGAGAACCUCGAGGUUGUAGAUGUCUGUAACUUCACAAUUAUGUGGCCGAAAUUCUAUCAGAUGAUCGCGAAAGCGUCGAGGUUAAAUAAUCUCAGGCUGUGGAGUGUGGUUUUCGCGGACGAAGAUGAGGUUGUUGAUAUUGAGAACAUUUCUGUUUGCUUUCCUAGACUGACUCACCUUUCCUUGAGCUAUGAUUUGAAAGAUGGAGUGCUUCAUUAUGGCUUACAGGGUUUGUCUUUUCUGAUGAAUGUGACUGUGUUGGAACUCGGAUGGACUACAAUCAGUGAUCUUUUCUCAGUAUGGGUAGCAGGACUCUUGGAAGGAUGUCCCAAUCUAGAAAAGUUGGUUAUUUAUGGUUAUGUUGCCGAGGUUAAAACACUUGAAGAGUGUCAAACUUUUGCUAGAUUUUCUGAAUUCAUGCUUCAACUAGGAAAGAAAUAUUGUCAUGUAAAGUUUGAGUUUGAAUAUGAGUAGUAGGUUUUGCCACACUCAUUCACUAAGAAGAACAUGAAGGUACUUCCAUGUCCCAUGACUUGUGUCGUUUUUCUCAAGUAGUUGAAGCAUUGUUCAGUUGUAAAGUUACAGUUUUUUGUUUAGUUUUGUUUAUGAUAAGCAUGUUGACUAUGAAGCACAGACACGUCUUUUCA